GCCUUUCCGUAUUGAGUACGUUGUUUUUUAAUAAUUUUGUAAAGACAAUUGUACGUACUACUAGUACUAGCAGUAGAUUCAGUGUGUUGUUUGAUUUAACUUUCAACAACAGAAUAUGUCAAGCAAACAAGUUUUUAUUUCUAUAACUUACCAUGUAAUGAUCUGAGGGAAACUUGCCUCUUCAGUCACUUUAAAGAAACAGUUUCCAAUACUAACUUGAGGCAUGGCAGCCCAAGGACUAUCUAAUCUUACUGGAAAAGUGGCCCUUAUAACAGGAGCAAGUUCUGGAGUUGGAGCAGCUACAGCUCUACUUUUUUCACGAUUGGGAGCUUCAUUGUCUUUAACAGGGAGAAAAAAAGAAAACUUGGAAAAAAUUGCAAAAAGAUGUGAGGAAGUUUCACCAUUGAAGCAUCAGCCCCUAUACAUAAUUGGUGACUUAACAGUGGAAAAAGAAACGCAGCUCAUUUUGGAAGAUACUGUAAAACAUUUUGGAAAGUUAAAUGUGCUGGUGAACAAUGCAGGGAUUAUUGAGACUGGAACAAUUGAAAACACCAGUCUUGAACAGUAUGACAAGAUGUUUAAUAUCAAUGUCAGGUCCGUGUAUCACUUGACCAUGCUAGCUGUCCCUUACCUUGUUUCAAGUAAAGGCAACAUUGUUAAUGUAUCCAGUGUAAAUGGACUAAGAUCUUUUGCUGGUGUCUUGUCUUACUGCAUGUCUAAAAGUGCUAUUGACCAGUUCACUCACUGUGUAGCUCUUGAACUGGCCCCUAAGCAGGUGAGAGUGAAUGCUGUCAAUCCAGGUGUUCUAACAACUGGUCUUCAACUACGUGGUGGCCUCACUGAAGAAGCCUUUAAGCAGUUUUUAGAACGAAGUAAGACCACUCAUGCUUUAGGAAGACCGGGAGAAGCAGAAGAGGUUGCAUCAGCCAUAGCUUUCCUUGCUUCUGAUGAAGCAUCCUUCAUAACUGGUGUGACUUUACCUGUUGAUGGAGGUCGACAUGCUAUGUGUCCUCGAUAGAACUUAAAAUUUGUAAACCCUAGAAUGAAAACUGUAAAGCAGAAAUUACAUGAUAAUGCUGGAAUAGUAGAGUUCUCCUUUUGAAAUAUCUAAUACUUAUUUUUAUUUCCUUGAUAUAAUUGAGAUUAAGUGAUCUGUUAGGAGGAGCAAGUAUUGUACACGGUGAAAAUGUUUUUGUAGAGAUUGUGAAGUUUUAAGUAAAAUUUUUUACAGAUGAUGAUAUGUCUAUUGUAAAGUGUAAUUAACUUUUUGCCUUAAGAUACAAGACUGCCAAUUAGAUUUCCUGUAUGUUCUGAAAU